AUGGGUCAAGAGCUGUGUGCAAAGACUCUCCAGCCUGGAUGCAGCUGCCAUCGCUGUUGGGAGGGAGGCGAUGCACACAGCUGUCAGAGGAGCGCGCCUGUGACCAUGGAGGCUGCGAUCGAGCUAACAGACCUAAAAGAAGCAUCAUGUUCUAUGACUUCAUUUCACCCCAGGGGACCUCAGGCUGUCCAUGCCCGGAAGUUCAAGAGUAAAGGGCCAGAGAGUAACAGUGAUUCUUUUCAGGAAGAGGAUCUGAGGCAGGGUUUUCAGUGGAGGAAGAGCCCCCCUUUUGGGGUGGCCUCAUCUUACUUGAACUUGGAGAAGCUGGGUGAAGGUUCUUAUGCUACAGUUUACAAGGGGAUUAGCAGGAUAAAUGGACAACUCGUGGCUUUGAAAGUCAUCAGCAUGAAUGCAGAGGAAGGAGUCCCAUUUACAGCUAUCCGGGAAGCUUCUCUCCUGAAGGGUUUGAAACAUGCUAAUGUUGUGCUCCUGCAUGACAUCAUUCACACCAAAGAGACACUGACAUUUGUUUUUGAAUACAUGCAUACAGACUUGGCCCAGUAUAUGACUCAGCACCCAGGAGGGCUUCAUCCUCACAAUGUCAGGCUUUUCAUGUUUCAACUUUUGCGAGGCCUGGCAUACAUCCACCACCAACACGUUCUUCACAGGGACCUGAAACCUCAGAACUUACUUCUCAGUCACUUGGGAGAGCUCAAACUGGCUGAUUUUGGUCUUGCUCGGGCCAAGUCCAUUCCUAGCCAGACAUACUCUUCAGAAGUUGUGACCCUCUGGUAUCGCCCUCCUGAUGCUUUGCUGGGAGCCACUGAUUAUUCCUCUGAGCUGGAUAUGUGGGGUGCAGGCUGCAUCUUUAUUGAAAUGUUCCAGGGUCAACCUUUGUUUCCUGGAGUUUCCAACAUCCUUGAACAGCUGGAGAAGAUCUGGGAGGUGUUGGGAGUCCCUACUGAGGACACUUGGCCUGGGGUUUCUAAGCUGCCUAACUACAAUCCAGAAUGGUUUCUACUGCCUAAACCUCAAAGCCUUCAGAAUGUCUGGAACAGGUUGGGCAGGGUUCCUGAAGCUGAAGACCUGGCAUCUCAAAUGCUGAAAGGCUUUCCUAGAGACCGAGUCUCCGCCCAGGAAGCACUGGUUCACGGAUAUUUCAGUGACCUACCAUCUCAACUGCACCAGCUUCCUGAUGAGGAAUCUUUGUUUACAGUUUCAGGAGUGAGUCUAAAGCCAGAAAUGUGUGACCUCUUGGCCUCCUACCAGAAGGGUCACCAUCCAGCCCCAGUGAGCAAAUGCUGGUGAAAAGAAAGGGUGAGAUCACCAAGAUCCUUCCAGGGUGAGUACUGGGGACCAUAGGAGCCUGCUUGGAGAGUCACGAGUGAUCCACAAAUGUCACAGACACAGCUGCUCA